ACACGCACUGGCAGAUUAGAAAAUCCUCUUAUUGUGUCCUCUUCGAGGGAGGGUAUCAUCUCGUUACAAUUAAGAUGUUACGUGUUUUUGAGAUAGUAGUUAUUGCUAUUCUUUUUGACACACUGAAUUGUCAAAUUCCAGUAACUGUUAACACGCCAUCUGGUGUAGUAAUGGGUAAGGAAAUACCAUUCAAUGGAGCGAAAAUCUAUCGAUUUUAUGGAGUUCCGUAUGCAGAGCAGCCUGAAAGGUUCAAGAAACCACAAAAAAUGUCUAAUAAAUGGAACUCUACAUUGAAUGCAAUGAACCCAGGAAAACUAUGUAUGCAGGCUAUUUCUGACCAAUUGAAACAACAGCUUCAAAACUCAGAACUCACCGAGGACUGUCUAUACGUUGAUAUUUAUGUCCCAAGAUCUUUAUCAGAACACAACAAAAAGCCCGUUGUCAUAAUGAUACCAGGAGAUUUUCGAACCGCACAAACAUCAGUUUAUACAUUUUUUAAAUACUUAGGGUUAUACAGCGAUGCUAUAUUUGUGUAUGUUUCUUUCAGAGUUGAUAUAUUUGGUUUUUUGUCGACAGGAGAUAACGUCAUUCCUGGGAAUUUUGGUCUGUGGGAUCAACAAAUGGCUAUAGAAUGGGUCAAUGAAAACAUCCAUGCUUUUGGUGGUGACCCUUUCCGAAUUACAUUGACUGGUCUAAAAAUCGGUGCUUUAUUUGUCGGGUUACAGGUAGCACAUUCUUUAAACAAGGACAAAAUCCAUCGUAUUAUAGUACAUUCAGGUUUCCCGGAUUCAAAGGAAGCUAUUGUUACAGAUGCAGAAGAAUUUGCUCAAAAGCUAGCAAAACACUCUUGUCAAGCUACGUCGUCUGGAGAUUUUAAUUUUACGUCACAACAAAUUUACGAUUGUCUUGUAAGAAAACCAGCUACAGAACUUCUAGAUGCAGUAAAUAGCAUCUAUCCAACAUCGAAAUCAUUGAGAUUUGCUGUGGGUCCUGUUAUUGAUAACGAUUUCAUUUCAGAAACAGCAAAUUUUAACGCCAUUCUCCCCGUGGAUGUUUUAAGUCUGUGUGUUUCAGCCGAAGGAAUGAUAAAGUUCACGACCUUUGUCUCUGAAAUUGAAAAUGAAUACAACAUAAAUGUCAACGAAGGUGUCCCAAAAGAUGUGCUUUGUAACAAAAUAGUUACACAUAUUGUUAGUCUAUUUUUUGAAAAUAGACAAGACCUUAAAGACCUAAUUUGCAAUUUUUAUACAAAAAGUGAUUCCGUGGAACAGAGCAGGGAUGCUGUUAGGCUGAUCGGGGAUAUCUUGUAUUAUUCGCCUAUCAUAAAUAUGCUGAAAAUCCAUGACUUGACAAAUACUGAAAACAGCAGAUUUUUAGGAUUGUUUUCAGCUGUCAACCCUGUGGACAAUCUUGCUCAAAGUGUGUGGAACAUGGUACCCUCGCCGGGUACAACGACUAUAUAUUUAUCAUUGAAAGAUAUCAACAUAGACUAUGGAUUCUCCUUCAAGGCAGAAGAAACAAAUCUGGGAGAUACAUUCAUGAAGUACUGGAGUAAUUUUGUUGUUUAUGGAAACCCUAAUCCUUGUCCUGCAGACGAGUCCUUGAAAAUCUGGCCUGUAUAUGAUAUCAGAAACCAGUACUAUAUGCAUUUUAGUAGCAACUUCAGUAUACACAAAGAGCAUAGUUUGUAUAAAGACCGCAUGCAGUUUUGGAUGGAGACUGUUCCAGAUUUUCUUGGCAUCCCUCGUACAAAUUUGACAUCAACGUCAGAACGGAUGCCAAUUACUUCCACCCAUUGCCCUCAACAAAUUAGCACUGUGUCAGACAUGACCAUCAAGAAGAUAGCAACAAGAGAAACAAGUGAAACCAUCACCGAAACCAUAACUGAAACCAGCACAGAAAGCCUUAACAAUCACAUGAACAUUUUAAAGUCUGACCUUCGUGUACUAUUAACCAUUCCUUUUAUCCUUAUUGUUAAUUACGUCUAAACUUUUUUUGUCUAAUUUUGAUAUUACGUAACUCUUGCUAAAACGUCUCAAAACUAUGGGUUAACUUGAAAAAAUAUGAGACACUAGAUACACGCAUUUGUUUGAUAUUUGAGUACCAUGAUGGCAUCUAUGAUAGGUAAUGGAUUAUGCUUUACUUUAGCUAAUUGCAAAAUUAUAAGACAAUGCAUUAAAUUUUGAAAAGUAGAGGCUUCAACGAUCCUUAUCAUUGGUCUUAUUGUAUAUACCAAGCACAAAGUCUGUACUGAGCUACAUAUGGAUUGUUCUGGUUAAUUUUGAAUUCAGCUAUUGUAUUAUAGAUCUCUAAGAAUACACUGGGCAAUUGCCCUUGCUGUCUAAAAUACUCCACGUCCAGAAAUAUUGGUAAUAAACAAAAGAACAACUGUU